ACAGUGUGUGUGAGUGUGUGUGUGUAUGGAUGGUUCAGCAGUGACUCUCCAGCUGCUGAGCGGAGUGGAGCGCACAGCACAGCGGACACAACAAACUCAUUCCUCCACUGGACUCUCGCUGGUUUGACCUUUAAUGUGACGGAGGAUCUGCGGACGCACAAACAUGGAGGCUCAGCGCGGUUCUUUAUCUUUACGGGGAGCUUUAUCCGUCUGUGUCUUUACGGCGCUGGUGCUGGAGCCCGGGACUGCCGGUAUGCCCUCUUUUUACCCUAUACGUCAGCUUUGUAAGUUCUGUGAUCUGGAGCUUUCCUCCUGUAGUGGUACAGGAACAUGUAUGUCCAACUGCUCCAUCACAUCCAUCUGUACGGACGUCAGCGAGGUCUGUGUCGCUAUCUGGAGGAAAAAUGAGACAGGCUUCUCCAUCGAAACGCUCUGCCAUGACCCGUCCAUGCCGCUGUAUGGUGUUAUGCUGGACGACUACAACAGCUCCACCUGUGUAAUGAAGGAGAAGAACACGACAAGUGGGAUGGCUCACUUCUGCUCCUGUAGUGAAGAAGAUGAGUGUAACGACGUACUGUUAUUCUCCCCGAGAAGUGGAAACGCGGUGUUUGCAUCACAUGUAAACAACGAGUGGGGAAUCCUCAGUGUGGUCACAGACACACAGUUGGUUGUGGAUCCAACUCCAGACGAUCCAUUGGUUUCUGUGAUUCUUGUGAGCUUGCUGCCCCUGUUGGUGAUGGUGACUGUGGUUGUGGGAAUGUUCUACUGGUACCGAGCCUACCGGCAACGCAUGCUCAAUCGAGAAUGGGAAAGCAGCAUUAAGAAGCGGAAGCCAAAAGCCGGUGGGCUGGAUUGCAGCGAUGCCUGCGCCAUCAUGAUGGAUGACGAUAGGUCAGACAGCAGCUCGACGCGCGCCAACAGCCUGAACCACAACACUGAGCCGCUGCCUAUAGAGCUGGAUCUGCUGGUGGGAAAGGGUCGCUUUGCCCAGGUAUACAAGGGUAAGCUGAAGCAGACCACCUCAGAUCAGUUUGAAACGGUGGCUGUGAAGAUCUUCCCCUAUGAGGAGUACGCUUCCUGGAAGAACGAGAAAGACAUCUUCUCCAAUACAGACCUCCGACACGAGAACAUCCUCCACUUCCUGACAGCUGAGGAGAGGAAGGUGGAGAAACAGUACUGGCUCAUCACUGCCUUCCACCCCAGAGGAAACUUACAGGAGCACCUGACGCGUAAUGUGAUCAGUUGGGAGGAAUUGCAGGUGCUGGGAAGCUCUCUGGCCCGGGGUGUCGCCCACCUCCACAGUGACCGCCUCCCCUGUGGACGCCCCAAGGUGGCCAUAGUCCACCGAGACCUGAAAAGUUCCAACAUCCUGGUGAAGAACGACCUGACGUGCUGCCUGUGUGACUUUGGGCUGGGACUCCGCCUGGACAGCAGCCUGUCUGUGGAUGACCUCGCCAACAGUGGACAGGUGGGAACGGCGCGUUACAUGGCUCCAGAGGUGCUGGAGGCCCGACUGAAUCUGGAGAACAUCGAGUCCUUCAAACAGACCGACAUUUACUCCAUGGCCCUUGUGCUUUGGGAGAUGACGUCAAGGUGUGAAGCUAUAGGAGAGGUGAAGGACUAUGAGCCUGCGUAUGGCUCUAAAGUGCGAGAGCACCCCUGUGUGGAGAGCAUGAAGGACAACGUGCUGAGAGACAGAGGGAGACCUGAGAUCCCCGACAGUUGGCUCCAGCAUCAGGGCGUGGCGGUGAUCUGUGCCACCAUCAUGGAAUGCUGGGACCACGACCCCGAGGCCCGGCUCACCGCCCACUGCGUCGCCGAACGCAUCAACGAGUUGGAGGACGAGAUGGACAAACUGUCCAGCCGCAGUUCCUCUGCAGAGAAGAUCCCAGAGGAGCUGAAGAUCCCGAUAGAGGUGGAGAUCCCGGAGGAGAUGGUUAAAAUCACGGAGAUACAGGAUAUCAUAGCCGUGGACUGCUCCGUGAGCGACGAGAAGUGAGAGGGAGCUCCUCUGAGACUCUGAGGGAGAUUUAUCAACAAGGGCACUUAUUCGACUUUGAUGGGAUUGAAGAGAGUCAGGAGUUGAGCUCCUGCAUCCACCCAGGACUUUGAGUUCAGUCACAGUGUCAUAUGUUACUUCUAGCAAAGAGGGCACUUCUGGGUGAUGGCUUUAGUACUUCACCGUUUGUAAAAUGUAACAAGUUGCCUUAAUCAGCUGAAAAGCUAAAGAGCCAAAAAGCCAAAGUUAACUGGAAGCUUCCAAAGAUGUGCUGAGCAUGGAGACAGUAUUUUUUGAAGAGUCAGACAGGUGUCUCUCUCUUUAUGAGAAAUAAUCAGGGCAAUAACUAUUAAACCAAAGACAUUUGAUGUGCACUUUACCAUGUAAUACUUAUGCAUUACACGUUUGUCAUUUUCAUAUGUUCAUGUAUUCUAACAUGUUGGAGUUAAGGGGAGUUUUUGCCUGAAAGUGCCUUAGUGUGUCCAACUUUGAGCCAGCAGAGAUGUCGCCCUAACACUAAUGAUGCUGUGGACUCCAUCCUCAACAGCAGGAAUCCCAAAGAAUGUAUGUAUGUGUGUGUGUGUGUGUGUAACCGUGUUGUUUUCACCCAGCUAUCCUUAAACCUUGUUUGCCAGAUAAACAAGCACAAUGUACAUAAGAGACAAUAACUGUACAUAAGAGACAAAUCAGCCAAAAAGGGACAGUAAUCCUACUACUUAUCUUUGAAUGCAGAGAAUAAAAGACUUCAUAGAGAUGUAUUUUUUAAAGCAUUUUGUAUGUUUUCUGUCUAUAUCAACAGGAAACUGAGGAGUGUGCCAAAGAUAUUUUACCCUGCCUUACACACAGUAUGUGUCAUAUGUAAAAUAUUGUAAAUCUUUUAUGAAUUAAAGAUAUUUCUGUAUACUGA